GCUCCUGUUGAUUUCUGUAUAAAUAGCCCAAUCGGAUCAAUAUCAGAUCACAAUUCACUUGACUCUUAACAGUGCAAAGUGUAGCUAAACAGAAAAAACACAAAUAUCCAAUAUGAAGUUCAUCAUUGCUGUAGUCAUGUUGGCGGCCAUCGCUAACGCAAGCGUAUUGCCUCUUGCAUACUCAUCACCUUAUGCAGUUCCAUUGUCGUAUGCUCCAGGCAUCUCAUUGACACAAGGAGUUGCCGGACUCGGCUAUGCCGCAGGCCCAUUUGCAUACAGCUACCCAUCAGCCUACAAUUUGCCAUCAGCCUAUAACUUGGGCUCAGUUGCCGUUGCUGCCCCAGUUGCUGCUCCAUUCGCUGUUGCCCCAGCCCCAGUUGUUGCUCCAGUUGCUGUCCCAGGAGCAAGCUAUGUAGCUACCACACGAGGUGCUCAGCACGUGGCUCCCCUUCCAGGCCAUAUUCAAUCAGUUGCAUCAAACAACGUCCAACCCGCUCCAGGAACUUUGUAAACAACGAAUUCUACCCCGAAAUUUCACUUUUUCCCCACCCAUCGUCACAGCUUGUUCACAACAAACAAUCAACAAGAAGUAAACAGCAGUUUGAAGUAUUAAAUCUUGUUUAUUACUUCAACACACGCGACCUAUGAAAAAGUGCAAAUUUUAAAAAACAAUUCUGUUCUUGUUAUAUCUGCCCAAAAAACAAAUUGUAAAUUGAAAACUCAGUAAUGGAAAAAAGUACACAACGUAA